AUGCUCACCAGGUUCAUCCUGGCAACCGCGACGCUCAUUCAAGUCUGGUCGUUGCGCACACGGGGACAGGACAAAAUAAGCUACCACUUCCCUUGCUCCUUCCUGACCACCUCCUGGGUGAAGAUAUCUGCAACGCACCACCAACGCUCCUCAAAUCGCAGAGGAAACAAAAGCCUGAAAAGUGUAAGAGGCAUCAGAACCUUCAACCCUACUGACUACGCAAAGAGGGAGUACAUAUUUAAAAAAUGGAAAGAACUAGCAAAGGCCUUUUCCUACAGUUUUUACGAUCUACCCGUUCUGGAGGAUUACAACAUUUUUCAGAAAACCAAAAUAAAUGAGGCCUACGACUUUGUUAAAAAUAAGCGACAUUUGAUUCUGCGACCAGAAAUCACCCCCCAGUUGGUAAGACACCUGUUUGUGCGGGAGGAGAGGACACAUCAAUCGGGUCGUCAGGAAGGGAAUGAACAAAGUGAAGUAGCUAAACAGAGGGAGGAUAACCAAAUUUGUGAAAAUGAUAGAGAGACGAUUGAUCAAGAAGGGGGGGGGUAUUCUUCUCCACUCCAAAGUGCAGUACUAACGAAUCGCGUACAGACCUCAGCCCGUGUGCGGAUCAAGCCGUACCGAUUGCACAAUCUACGCAAGAUACAUAAAGUGAGUACCAUCGGUCAGUGCUUUCGGUAUGAACGAACAAGCAACUGCAGAAAAAGAGAACAUUACCAGUGGAAUAUGGACAUAAUAGGGACGGACCUGAUAGAUGCAGACAUCGAAAUCCUAACCAUCUUAAUCUCCUUCUUCCGCCGAGUACACCUACUGCCCAGCGAUGUAGUUAUAAAAAUAAAUGACAAGAGAAUUGUUUCUUACAUGAUAAAAAAAAUUUUCAAGUCAUCCCUCAGGGAAUUUUCCCAUCCCUACAUUCAACAGCAUGUCCUCAAAAAUAUCUUACACAAUUUAGAUAAGUAUAAAAAAAUAUCCAGUGGUAUUUUUAAGUUUUUCAUUCAAAGGAAAAUGCCAUAUUUGCAGAGACAUGAAGUCACUAAUUUUUUCAAUAUCAUUGGAAAAAUAAAAAACUUACCUGACCUGGCAACAUUUUUUUACUCCCCAGGAGAGCAAGAAAUUUUUUCAGAUCUCCACAAUGUGUUGAAUUAUUUUCAGCAGAUGAAUUUAAACCGUUACUUCGAACUUGACUUAACUAUCGUUAGGGGGAUGGAUUACUACACGAAUAUCAUUUUUGAAAGUUUCUACAGACACAAAGAGUACAGAGCAAUUUGUGGCGGGGGUAGAUAUAGUUAUGUUCUUAACGAGGGUCAGCGUGUGUGUGCAGUGGGUUUUGGGAUGGGGGAUGUCGUCAUCACAGAGAUUCUAUUCAACAACCAAGAGCGUCACGGGGGGAAUGGUCCAGGAAACUUAGCCGACGAGUUUUACAAAAACGUUGACGUAGUUAGCUUCUCUCCCUCCAGGGCGCAGCAUCAACCAAGGCAGAAGCAUAGUGUCCACCCCACCCACACCCACACACAGAAGGAACAGGUCCACAUACAGAAGGAACACUUCCACAUAGUGGACACUCUACGCAGAAACGGUGUUCGCGUGUACUCCCUACUCCAGGGUAGCAACAACAACAGCCUUUCCAAGGCUUUGAAGAAAGCCAACUCCCUGCGCGCAAAUUUUUUUUUCUUCUUCGAUGAGCACAGUGAACUCUUCAUCCUGAAGGAUUUGAGAACAGGGGGCCAACACGCGGUCACGCCCGAGGACGUCCUGUCCGUCUACUCUUCGGGGAUUUCCUUGCCAUCCCCCGUAGUUCCACCGGGGGCGGCGCGCGGAGUAGCGCAGGGUAGCGCAAAGUAG